UUGUCAUAAAUAAUUAAUGAUGACAAGAAGAAAUUAAAUAAAUUUACAUAAAAAAGCCAUUAAAAUUAAAGUCACAAACAAACUUAACAAGUGAGAAAAGUGAGAUAGACGGACAAAAACAAACAAAAAAUAACAAGGAUUCAAAACAAAUACAACUUUGAAAACAGCAGUAUACGCACAUAGUAUCAUUACAAAUAAAAAAUACAGCAAUUUUAAGUGCAGCCCUCUUGUAGUUAUUUUAUCUGUACAACUUGGUUGUUGUUAUUUUUUUAGUUUUACAUGCCAAUUAAAGUUUGUUGUCUCUUUGAUAGAGCUCCCCUGUAUACAGUUAAUAGUUUCCAUUUAAUUUUUGGUUUUGAUUAUUUUACAAUAAACAAAUUGUAAUUUUAGAAACAUAAUCAACAAAACUGUAUCGAAAAAAAAUAAAAAACACAAAAAGCAAAAAAGAAGAACCCACCAAAACAAAAAACGCCUUAAAAUAAAAACGUUUUGUCUUUACGGUACGAAUUUGUUUUAACAAGAAAAUAUCAACGUGAUAUUGUCAUCGUUUUUAGAGCUAUUGCUAACACCGCCAUCAUCCACAUCAUUAGUGUCAUCAACGUAGUUGUCAUCACCUUCGUCCCUCCCCACUAUCAUCACACCAUUAACACGACAUAUCCCCCUCGGUAGUACUCAAUGGUGUUAGUUUCAAGGACUUGCAUCGCAAAGUAUCGGUGAAAUUUUAUACGCUCAACAUCAAAUUUUGUGCGCAACUAAUAAAUAUAGAGCAGCUUUUGGUAUUGUGCCAUUGUUGCUGCUGCUAUCAAAUUACCAUUUCCACGUUCCAAAGUACCGGCAGCCACCGUUCAGGAGACAGGAGUCAACAGGGCGUGAAGGAAUUCUACACGUUUCAUCUAUCAUCUACAAAAACGACAAGAAAUAACAACUGAAACAACAAAUACAUAAUAUCUUGGACCAAUUUUUACACCUUUUAACACAAGAAUAAGGAAACAACAACAAUUUAUACUUGAAUAUAUAUCAUUUACACCCCCCUUAGCUGUUAGUUGAAAUAGACUAGAAGUUUACACUAAAAUCCUUAGAUUAGAGCAACAAAUCACUAUUCUAUACCAAAAAAAGAAAAAAAAAAAAAACAACAAAAAUUGCGGAAUAUUUUACUAUCCUGAAUUACACACACAAAACUCCCACAUACAUCAUUAGGAAACUCCUUAAGUAGUAAGUUUUCCAAAGAGUAGAGCUUAGCUGGAAUCCGGACUUUUAAUCAACCACAUAAGUAAUACCCAGAAAACACCUACAAUUGCAGUAAAUCACAGCUAUUUAAGGAUCGCUUCCUCUCUGCGCUCCCGGGUUGACAUCCUAUUGGGAAAUAAAACCAAACAGAAGCAGUAAAAGAUAUAAACAACUACAGGAGUUUGUAGCGGUGGUCAUUCUCUACAACAACACACACACACAUAUCUACAUCUAUCCUCCUCUCCGGUGUUUUUUAAGCUACAACCAGAAAAAUUGGUUUCAAAAUUGGUCAAAUGUUAUGUUGCGGUUUUUGUUGUGGCAACAUGUCAAAGCGAGACUACAAAGUUGCCACAAUGGAUGGCAUAGAACUGGAGCCCUUGGGCGGCGAGAAAAUGGAUAAGGACAAGGAAAAGGAUAAUGAGAAACAGACGAAUGGUGUUACAUUUGGUGGCGAAUCCAGCGGUGGCCGACAAACACGCAAUGGUGUUGCCGUCUGCUCACAAAAACGUGCCCUCCUAGUGGCCGGUGUGGUGUUAGGCUCACUCCUGCUAACAGCUUUAAUCAUAGCCUAUGCUGGACCAACGACGGAUUGUUCGUGUGCACGUAAAUUACCGACGGGUCUUCAAACGGACGCAGAGAAUGUAACUGAACCCUUUAAUCCGAUUGCGACGAAUGGUGAACCGUUUCCAUGGCUGAAUUUAACCUUACCCACCUACGCUCGACCAAUGCGUUACAUGGUGACAAUCCAUCCGAAUCUAACGACGUUAGAUGUUAAAGGUCAAGUGACAAUCGAUCUAUUCAUUGAGAAGGAAACCAAUUUCAUUGUGCUGCACAUUCAGGAUCUAAAUGUCACAGAAAAGGCCAUUGUACCAAUGGGCAACAAAGGUAAUGCCAUUAAAAUUGUCAAAUUCUUGGAAUACCCACCACGACAACAGCUGUAUAUCGAAGUGAAAGAUAAACUGCGAAAGAAAUCCAAUUACACACUUAAUUUGCGUUGGUAUUCAAAGCUCAACCCCGAGCCGGAGGGUUUCUAUGUGGAUCAAUACGAAAGUUCGAAUGGAUUGGAAAGAUUAUUGGCUGCCACAGUUUUUCGGCCGAAUGGAGCACGAAAAGCAUUUCCUUGUUUCGAUGAGCCUCACAUAAGAGCACCCUUCCGAGUUUCAGUAUUCCGCGAUCGCUUCCAUAUUGGUCUCUCCAAUUCCAUAGUCCAUACAACAGAGGAUGUGGGCUUUUACAUGGGUACAGGGUUGUUACGUGAUGACUUCAUAGAGACACCACCACUGCCAGCCGAUGCUGUGGCUUGGGUUGUAAGUGAUUUCCAGCGUGAGUCAUUGCAACCCUCGGCUGCCUAUUUACCUGCAACACAAGCUCCGCCAUCAAGUGGUAGUGGUCGUAAAUCCGGCCAACUGAGUAACUAUACCCUGCAAAAGGAUAAAAAGCCACCGGUGCGUAACAUCACGGCCCUGACGCAUUCAUUGAAUAUCAACAUUUUGGGUAAAAAUCACACCACCACAACAACAACAACUACAGCUUCCCCCAAGGAUUUGGAUACCAAAAAUUUAACAGCCCUUAGCCAAUCGACACGCUCAAGUAUUACCCGAGCACCGUCGUACACUUUUUAUGCUCCGCGAGAAUUACUGCAAAGAUCUUCCUUUAUACUGCAUACGUCACGAGAUGUUUUGGAAUAUCUUCAGACAUGGUUGGAGGUCAGCUACCCGUUGACCAAAGUGGAUUUUGUGGCAUUGCCAUCGUUGGAUAGGAAUAUUAUCUCGUCGUUAGGUUUGGUCACUCUGAAGACAUCUUUUCUCACGGAACCGGAAUCCAUUACAACGGUACAAUAUCAAGAGAGUGCCCUGUUGGUGGCAGAGGCCAUUGUUAGACAGUUUUUCGGUGGCAUAACUUCGAGGAAAAUCUUGAAGGAUGUUUGGUUGUGGGAGGGUCUUAUUAAAUAUUUGGGUAUCCACACCUUAUCGCCGCUGCAAGAAAAUUGGCCGCUGAGAGAAAUGUAUUUGUUUAACAUGGCCACAGCUGCUCUGGACAUUGAUGCCAUCCAGGGUUGGGACAGCAUCAUGAAUGGCACCAGUCAUGAUGGCAACAACGAGGAUUUCUUUAUACAAAAAACUGCCGCCAUAUUUUCCAUGUUACAUACGGCUAUAGGAGAAGAUCGUUUCAGAAGUUGCUUGGGAGGUUUUCUAAAAUUGAAUCGUUUCAAAACUGCCGAACCCCUGGAUUUGUGGAAUAUUUGCACCAAGAAAGCCAAUGGUGCAAAAAAUAUAAAGGACAUGAUGUCACUGUGGACACACCAGCCAGGUUUUCCCCUGCUGACCGUAACGAAAAUGGGCAAUCGUAUUACCAUAUCACAGAAACCAUUCAAACCUGCCGAAUUUUUAGCCAUUCAUGAUGAUACCUAUGAUGGUAAUAAUUACAACAAGACCACAGCGAAUUCCACAAAUGGCACAACAACAUCAACAACGCCGACCCCAACAACGGCCAGCGGUAAACACAAGCCUCCGCAACAAAUGAAAUGGAUUUUUCCCAUAACCUAUGUAACAGAUAUUAACAACAAUACGGAAACGCUGUGGAUGCAGAAUGUCGAUGUCAACUUUAACGUACCGGAAAGUGUUAAAUGGAUUAAGGUAAAUGCCCGCCAGUCAGGCUAUUAUCGCGUGCUUUAUAAUGAAGACAACUGGGCAAAUAUCAUAGAAGAUAUGUCAAAUGAUCCGGAGAAAUUUACCGGAGAAGAUCGCUUGGGCUUGUUGUCCGAUGCAUUUACUCUCUGCCAUGCCAAUUUGCUGCCAUGUGAAAUAACAAUGAACCUGAUUCAAUAUUUGCCAAGUGAAACAAAUUGGGGUCCAAUGGCCUUGAGUUUAAGGCAUUUGGAAAAAUGGCGUCGCAUCUUGAAAUAUUCCGAAUGUUUCCUGAUGCUAUCGGAAUUUAUAAAAAUGAAGUUAUCCACAGUUAUUGAAAAGAUCGGUUGGAAUGAUGAGGGCGAUGAGGCAACAAGAUUAAUGCGACCGGAAGUUUUACUGGCCUCCGUGCUGUGGGAAGAUAUCGACAGCAUAACCAAGGCAAAAAAUAUGUUAAAUCAAUUUCUCUUCUACAAUGGCUCAGCAAUACCGCCAAAUCUCAGAGAGGUGGUUUAUACGGGUUCCAUAUUAUCGGGAGAAUAUAUUUUCUGGCAACAUUGUUGGGAACGUUUUGUAACGCUGCAAAGAAACUCCGAUAGCUAUGUGGAACGCAUGCAACUCUUGCGAGCUCUGGGCAGAACCAAAGAUGCUUGGCUACAAAAUCGCCUACUCUCCCAUGUAACAAUGCUGCCCACAGCGGAGGUGGUACAGGUGUUGCAGGCAAUUGCUGGAACGCCCACAGGUGGUGCAAUGGCCUGUCGAUUUUUGCAAGCCAAAUGGUUUGAACUAGAAUCGCGUAUGGGCCAGGGAACUUUGGCCUUUGCCAAAGUGAUAUCGGCCAUAACGCAAUAUGGUGCCACAAAAUUCGAUUAUGAUGAGCUCAAAUCCUUGGUACAUCGUUUUGGCCGGGGACCCGGUUUGGGAGUUUUAAAUAUGACCUUAAGUAGUGUGGCUUCCAAUGUAGAAUGGGUGGCCAGAUCUCAGCCUUCACUGUAUAAAUGGGUGGAAAGUAACCUGCAUUCCCAUUAAAACCACAGGGUAUCAAACGCUUUCCCUCACACACACACAUCUACCAAGAAGGAAAACUCACUCAAACAUUAAAUGUAAAAUCUGUAUAGUAUUAAAUAUCUAUUUAUUUAUAUACAUAAUUAUUAUCAUUUUUUCAAAACAAAAAUAUAUUCAUACAUAUAUAUAAAAUAAAAAAAAAACUUAACAAACCAACAAAACAAAAACAAUCAAAAUAAGAAAUGAAUGAAUAAAAAAGUGAUCAAAGAGGAACUAUUAUAUAUAUUAAAGUCAUUAAUAACAUAUGGUACAUACAUCACUUAAAUUAGUAAAGAAUGAAAAUAUUUCAUCUUAUGUUUUGAAAGAAAACACACAUACAUACACAUAUAUCCUCAUUUGUAAUUAUGUUCCUUUGGAAAAGCGAAAAGACAAAAAUGAAAGUAACAAAGCAUCACAAAAGCAAAACUAAAAUUCUUUUAACCAACAAAACAAACAAACAAAUAACAAAGAAAUAUUUAUUAUGUUGUUGUAAUUAUCAUCAGGAAUACAUAAAUACAUCUAAAAACACAUACAUAUGCAAAUAUUUGAGAAUAAAAUCCUUUUUUGAGGUUAUAGAUUAUUCCUUCUUUCCAUAUCUAUCGCAAAACAUUAUAAGUACUUUUUUUAUUUUUUAACAGCAGUUUAAGUACAGAAAUAACAAUAAAUAUUUGUGUAUAUGGUAGGGUGUAGAAUAAACGUAAAAUAGUCACAUAAAAACUCGAAAUAGAGAUUUGUUUUGGAAUAAAAUAAAAUAUUUAACAAAAUUUUGAGGAACAAUAUCUAAAAAUUUAACAUACAAUUUUUAACUUUGCAUUGGGAAGACGUUUCCAUGAGCAAAAACUUUUUUAAUUAAAAUAUUUACUUAAUGUGUUCUUUAAGAUUUUUAAAUUACUCCAGAAUUAACAAGGACUGCUUUCAGCAUAUGCUAAAAGAAAUUUCGCCAAAGUUGCAAAGCAGAUAAAAAAGUUUAUAAAAAAAACUCUUCAAUUUUUUUUCCAGUGUUGGGUAUUUUUGCUCUGAUUCCGGGAAAUCAUUUUUCUGGGGGGACGGACCCUGCAAACCAGAUUUUUGACCCGAAAGUCCGAGUUCAAGACCCUGACUAGGCCAAUAUAUUGAUCCAAUAUAUACAAUAUAGGUAUCGCUUAUGAAAAUACCUAUCCAACUAGUUAGUGGUCACUUGUUGCGGGCUAUUUAAUUGGAAGUUAAAGUCAAAUCAUCGAUUUUUUAGACCAGGAUUUUUUAUAAAACCGCAAAAUGUGGAAAAAGGGCCCAUUAAGGGGGUCAAAAAAAUUAAACAAAAAAUCAUAGCAAUCAUAGUAAUAGUUUCCCGGAAUCAGGGUAAAAAUGCCUUUGAAUAAAUCGAAGAGUUUUGACUGAACUAAAGUUGUUUCAAAUAUUCAAUGGAGGUAAUAUUGAAGAAGAAGAAGGCAUUAGGAAUAUAUGAAAGGAUCCAGUCACAAGUGGUUCACGAACAGUGAUCCAGCUAGGAGCAGUGAGGAUUAUUAAUGACGUAAUGAUAAUUACGAACUGUGAGUAUGCACCAGGUAUCAAGCUAUUUAAAUGUGAAGGCUAGUUACAAAGCGUGGGGCAUGAGCUAGGAACUGUCUACGAACGAAUUAAUGAACAUGAUACAAGAACGAAAUGGUAUAUAUCAUUUGAUAUGGCUAAAAUGUGUCUCAUUGAAAUAACGGUUUUAUACACUAGGUCUUUUUGGGCGAAAUUCAUUUCAAGAGAUUCGCAGUUGCCGUCGGAACAAAAUCAACCCAUCAUUCUGGUACCUCCCCAUAUAGAUUCAACAUUUUCCGAAGACAUAAUUUACCUUAUAAAAAGUAAAAGAGGAGUUGUGUUCGACAGGGCAAACUUUCAACACCCUCCACCAGAUGUAAAGUGUCGGCUAGUACAGUUAUAUACGGAAACGUAUACCUGUAAAUUACCCUGCUGUACUACGAGGUGAUACCUAUUACGAACUCCAGAUACCAACUCCAAUAUCAACUUUGAAACCAUUAAAAAUCAGUUUAAAUUAUCAAAAUACCGAAUAUCAGGAGGUACAGCUAUAUUGGGUCUACACCACAACUUUGACCAAUAUGUACAGUUCUUCUCAAGGACCAAUGUCCUGCAAGUCGAUUUUAGCGAUUUUCAAUAUUUUCCAACAAUAUUGACAUAGGUCCAUGUUUAUGCUUAGUGAAAAUAGAAUAUGAAACCAGUAAGGAAAGGUCAAAAGUCGGGCGGGCCGACUAUAUGAUACCCUACCGAAUCUCGAUAACAUUUGGAAGAGGUAUUUUCAAGCUGUAUCUGAUGUUCGGUAUCAAAUAUAAUUGUUAUGGAGUGCCUAUUACGCAUGUGAGAGACUUUAACACCAUAUCUGAACCGAUUUUCACAUACAUUUGAAGUGCUUGCUUCUGGGCGUAUUUUCAUUGGAAAUUCCGAAAUUCAGUCCAUUUAGACUGAUAUUGGCCAUUUGGCGCACAAUUAACCCGAAAUCGGUUGAAGAUAAAUAUGGGAGCCAUAUCUAAAUUUUGAUCGAUUAUCUUCAGCUUCAAUAGGGUUCGUCCGGUCGGGCAAUAAAUUUGACCUGUACUUUAAAAAAAAUACAUUGACAGACGGACGGUUGGACAUGCAUAAAUCGACUCAGAAUUUGAUUCUUUGCAGAUCAUCAAUGGGUCUAUCUCACCUCCUUCUCCAUGUUACAAACAAAUGCACAAAGAUAUAAUACCUUUACCACUAUUUGGUGUAGGGUAUAAAAAUAGAACAGUGUUGGCAUGUUUGUUCUGGAUGCGUAGUAUUUUGUUGUUGCAAAAUAGUAAGGCUCAAUCCCAUUAUUGUUGUUUUUCUGAAAACAACGUUCGUUUAUUAGUGAAGAAAGAUGGUAAUGUUUACCAGGGUGUAGGGCAGGCAAUACCUAGGUUUAGAAAAUAGCCACCAAUUCUCAUCAGUUCUCUUUUGUUUUUCGCUGGCGAUACUCUCCCCAGUGGUUAUCUUAAAAUAAAUCCUAUGACAAAAA